AUGACAGAGGUGCCUCAAGGGGAAUGUGCCCAGGGAGACAGAAUCACAUCCAGGGGACAUCCACAGCACAAUCCAUCAACUCAAAAGCACUCAGAGUCUUUAUUAACAGAUGGGGUACCCUCUCUGCACGAGGAGACUGCUCAAAGUAGGUGCAGCGAAUCUGGAGAGGCAAGCUCUGGAGGCACCUCCGAAGGGGUGGGAAAUGUUUCUAAGAGGUCCAAGACAUCGGCGGCGACACGAAAAGGCAAGCUAUCUUUACGCCAGGCCAAAUCAGCGAGUCGCCAGGCCAAAUCAAAGGCACCAAGGGAGGUGAUCAAAGCUAUUUUAGGAGAGACCACUUUGAACCAGAGCAGCGACUUCAAGGAGCCCGUUGUACGAGGGUCGAUCAAUGCAUCGAAAGGCAAACGAAGGAUUGGGAGUGCCCUCAGCAGACCUAAACAAAACAGACCCUCAAAAGCCACAGCUCUGUCCGAGUUGAGCAGUAGUACUGACGCUUGUCAGGGCGUCAAAAAAAGUGUUGAGAGACCGAAAAAGACUGGCGAACCAGAAACUAGAAAAGCUGGACACACUGCGGCCAAUGUCUCGACACCAAAAGAUUCAACCAUCAAAGGAUGCUCAGUUUAUGUGUCAAUGUUGAGUACAGAGUCUUUUCCCCGAGAGUCAAAGAAUCUUGACUUGAAGAACGAGGUGACUUUACUAGAGGUCCAGUCCACCACACAGCCAUCCUUGAUCUCGACGCAUUCAGCACAAGUCCUCAACAAUGACGACCCGUGCCAUCUUGGGUCAUCCUCUGAACGAAAGAGUCCUGAUUCUAAACUCAGACCCUCGUGCCCAGAUGAAGGGACUACACAGAAGCACUGUCCACUUUGUGGAGAAAUGUUCACAGCAGAAAGUCUAAGGAAACACACUCAGAAGUGUCUACACCAACGAUUUGCAGCAAAGACAUGUGAAAGCAUGGGUUACUCUGACGAUACCAGCGGCGAUGAGGAGCUCGCUCGACGUCUUCAGAAGCGUGAAGAUGAGAAGAGACAAGAGGAGUUGCUGACUGAGACUGAGACGUACUUCUGUCAUAUCUGCCAACGGGAACUCACACACAUGAACUCAACAAGAAGGGGGCAGCAUAUCAACAGGUGCAUCGAUAAUCUAGAGAAAAUUGAGCCUCCAGAUGUGAUCGACAACAGUAGACCACAACCAGCCUCAAGGAAUAUCCCAGACUGUCCCAUCUGUGGAAAACAUUUCAAAGCUAAGAAGACGAGGGAAUCUCAUCUCAAGAAGUGUGCCAGAGAGAACGGCGUAAAGCCCAUGCAGCUGAUUGCCUUAGUGAGGAUUCAGGAAGGGGCAUUUGAACUACACCCAGCCCAGGGUACAGGUGCAAUAGCACCCUCGGUUUCUGCUGGGACUGGGGUGUCACAGGGUACAACGGUUGGAACAGGGGUAUCACUGGGUACAAUGGUUGGAUCCCUGGGCUCUUCGGGCAGGGGUGUCGCAACAGGCGUGGCCACAACAAACACUGGGCGUGUUGGCAUUUUGGGAGUGCCUGGAACAGGGGUGCCACUGGGUACCACAGUUGGAACAGAGGGCAUAGCACUGGGCUCUUCUGGCCGGGGCGUCACAACAGGCGUGGCCACCACACACAGUGGGCGUGUCGGUGUUUUGGGAGUGCCUGUUGCUGCUACUACAACGCUUGGUGAGAGCAAUUUCACAUCGAUGACUAACACAAGGACAGACGGCAUAGCGGGGACCACAUUGGAUACUGCUGGUGGCAAGCAGAGCACAGGUGUGUUGGAAGCUGCCACAGGGGAUCGGCUUUUGUCUACUAGACCCUCUGGAUCCAGAAGGGGUAGGCCUGCUGCCAGAGGGAGGAAUGCCACAAGAGGGAAGUGCAAGAGGAAACAUCAGACCGUAACUGAGGCAGUGCCACUGGAUGAAGAAACCCGGGUAGCCCUAGCAUUAUCCGCCUCGCUCAUUCAGCAACCUGACUCUCUUGGGUCAAUAGAGGGCGCUGAUGGACAGAUAACGUCAGAGCCGGCUAAACCUCCGGGGAAGCGUGGACGCAAGAAGAGGACCACAAAGAAAGAAACAGUCAAGGAAGUCCCCAUGCUUAUUCAGAGAACAGAGGACGAACGUAAACGAGUUUUAGGAGAAAGAAUGGCAGAUAUAAUUCUACCGAAGGGUAAUCGUAGUGUACAGAAAACACCGAUAAUGAAACAGAGCAAGGUCGCCGGGAAACACAAACUGUCACCAUGGAUACGGAACACAAGGAAGCGAGCAGUUGCCAGGCGAGCACAUCAAACGAGCGGCACUAAGCGCGCUAAUUUGACGCAGGAGUCGGCCUUGAUUGAUGAGCAGAGACAUGGACCUUUGCUCCUGUGGAGUCUAGCGUCAGCCUCUGAUCCGUUGUAG